AACAAAUACCGUCUCCCAGUCAUCUCUCUCUCUCUCUCUCUCUCUCUCGCUAGAGAUUUAGGAGGGAUUUCUCUUGUUUUCUAGGGUUUUUGGAUCUGCACACUCCUUUCAACAAUCCGAGCUGAACACAGACAGACAAACAUCCAGCCAUGCCCCGGUAUUACUGUGAUUAUUGUGACACUUACUUGACUCAUGAUUCUCCAUCUGUUAGAAAACAGCACAAUGCCGGUUAUAAACACAAGGCAAACGUGAGGAUCUAUUAUCAGCAGUUUGAGGAGCAGCAAACCCAAAGUAUAAUUGACCAAAGAAUAAAGGAACAUCUUGGCCAAACUGCAGCUUUUCAACAGGUUGGUGCCGCAUACAAUCAGCAUCUAAUGGUCCAGAGACCCCGGCUUCCUGUUCUUCCAACUCCUGUGAUGCCAAUUGGUGGAAAUAACGCCCCAUUAUUCCCUGGGAUGAGGCCUCCUGUUUUGCCUAGACCAAUGCCUGGUGCUCCAGGUUAUAUGAACCCUCCUAUGAUGCCCCCAAUGAUGGCACCCCCUGGUGCUCCUUCCUUACCUGGUCAAAUGAAUGGCGUUCCAAGGCCUCCUACAAUGAUUGCACAACCAAAUGUUCCUGGGAGUACUGCAGCACCUACUCCUAGCGGUCCCCCAUCUAUGGGUCCACCUGUUACUUACCAAGCAAAUCAAGCAGCAACAACAAGUGGAGGCUUUGACAGCUUCAAUGUGAAUGCCGCAGCCCCUGAAGCCAAUCAUUAGUCUGAAUCAAGCUGGCCAUGAGAAGAAAUCAGCAAGGCCACUCUGCAUUGCAAUGCCUUUCUUGAAUUGUGAGUUAACGUGGUGGUGAUCAAUACAGAAUAGUUUUGUAACUUAAUUUUGUUAAACAUAAGCUAUCUUGAAAAGACAUCAAAAUUCAACUGAAAAGGACUGGUUUUCUCUUGAGUUCAA